GAAACUUAGUUGUUAGGAAUAAUAAUAGAGCUUAUAUGACAAAAGUCCAAUAGAUUAUAUUGGUUCCGACAUAAAUAGAUUUAAAUUCAAAUUUCUGAAUGCACAGUGUAGGAUAUCAAAUCUGUGGUUAGACUUUGUUGAGGAUUUCCAGAGGAGACACAUACUAAAUGAAACUGAUUUGAAAAAUAGGCAGAUCGGCCCUCAAUUUUCUUCUGCUGAACAAGACUGUUCCCUAAAUCUUACUUACAUAUCAUCCUGACCAUUGCCGCAAAUGAAGACCACUACUAAAUAUGAUCCAGUUCGCUAAAGAAAUGGUAGUGAGAAAUGAAGGAUGACAUACUGUCAUUCCGCACAUAUAUGAGUAUGUAAUAGUUCACAACUGGUUGGGAUAGAACCCUUUCUGCGUAGAAAUCAGCGCCGUCCCUAAUGCAACUCUCGAAAUCCGGGGACCUUGUAUCCCGCUUGGGAUGUAAAGAAAUGAAAAGGCAAUACAACUAGCUUACAUAUUUUACAUUAUCUUUUCCUACAAAUGUAUCUUAAGUAAUUUAUUAGUGGAGUGUAUUUAAGAGAUUGACUGAAAAAACAAGCAUCACUAUAGUUCAUGUCAAUUCUCUUUGAAGCUAUCCAGUGUAACUGGAAAAUUUGGAUAUUUCAAAAGAAUAUAUUGUUAUCGUUGACCUAUGGCAUGAAUUACCAUCUGACAAGAUUACUGGAAAUAAUGUCAGUUAUUCUUUCUAUUAUUAUGCUUAAAUGCCUUGUCAUUUCCUUUAUUUUGAUCGGUUUCAUAUUUUUCGUGUGAAUUGACUUGACAAGUAAAUGUGUGAUUGGAUUGUUCAGAAUGUACUACGCAAAUACAUCAGAAAACAUUUCCCAGAUCAAUUCGAUCUUCGUGUAUUAACCCCACAGAAAUACAAAUCAGCACGAACAAAUUGAUGUUCAGUUUGUGAUGAAAUAUGCGUACAGUAAGUUAUUUUAUUCAUUUGAUAACGCGUUAGAUUGGGACCCAUUACCCAAAAUUUAUACUUUUUGGAACCUAUGAGGCAAAAGUACUUGUUUCGCAAAAGGUAAUGCCGCUCCCAGUGAAACUGAAACUCGUCAUUGAGUAUUUCACUGAAAUCACUGGAUCAACUUUGCCUAUUCAGACCACUUGUUAACUGACAACGGCAUCAUUCACACUUUUCUUCUUACAAGUGAAUAAUCCAAUUGAGUUUUCUGAACAGAUGGAUUUGAACCAUCUCGAAACUUAUGAAAGGAUUAUUUAGCUAACGGUAACUAACAGUUGAAUUCAGCCUGUGGCAUUCUGUCUUGUUGGAAGAGUGGUCAGCCAGGGGAUGUAUCGCAUUGCCCAGUGAGUGAUAGAUGAUGUUCCAAUGAAGACUCAAACCAUGCAUUCAUCAUGUAGAUAUGACUAUUCGUCAUACAUCUGCACGUUGGAUGUUGUUGGUAAUGCCUGUAUUUUUCAAAUAACCUAAAAAUUCCAUUAUUUGAUAUUACUCAUUAAAUGGUUAAAAUGAAAAUGAAUGAACAUUGAGUGUGUACAUAAGUUAUCGAUCAGUUUUCAUUUUUCAGCCUUCUGUAUUCAACAUAUUUUCUCAAAAACAAAGUCGGAAUUAUGUCGGGUCUCAGCUAAUUUGAUUCGAUAUCAUGCGUUGAUUUGAUUAACGGGUUAGGUACUUCACAUGAUUAGUAAUGAAUAACAACAAAAAGAAUACCGCCGCUAUAAGAAGAAUAUUAGUGAAACUAUGGAAUGACAAUAGCGUGUUUAUCAAGGUAGCUGUCGAUUAACUCGUUUUCUUCUGUCUCACAAAACACGAGACAUGAUGACAUCAUUUUCCUCCUGUGCAUAUAUAAAGUUGGGCUUAAAAAAGACAUUUAAAAUUGUUUCGCUAUCUUUAUCCAAGCGUUUAACGAACGAAUACUGAUGUUAUUCAUCUGCCUGAUUAUCAUUCUGGUUUUACAAGCCUGUGUGCAUUUAGAUGCAGGAGGAAUAGAAGGUCUUUAUAAAGGAGGAUUGCUAUGGGACUGUUUAAUUGAGUGCAUCGAAAAGCAUUCUCCCAGUCCAAUAUGUUUGAUUGGAUUUAAACCGAUCAAUGAUGAUUGUGAAAACAGGGAAUAUGUAGACUGUGAAUUCAAGUGCUACGAAGAGGAUAUAGACAGAGCAUUGGCAGCGCGUAAGGCGAGAUUAGAAGGAAAAAACACCACCGAUUGAAAAUUCUGAACGCUUUGAUUUGAAUAAUAAUAAUAACGACACUAGCUCUUUCUGAGCAUUGAUCAUAAAGUGUGCGAAUGAAAAUCACUUAUUUAACCAUUAUUUGUAAUUGAUUACCUUAAUCAUAAAUACAGACUGAUAUCUC